GCACAACCAAAAAUUCCGAAACCUAUUUCCAAACCCCUUUUUGCACUCUCUCUUCUCAGUCACAGCUAAAAGUCAUGGGUCAAGGAACACCCGGCGGACUUAACCGGCAACAGCCCGGCGACCGUAAGAACGACGGAGACAAGAAGGAGAAGAAGUUCGAACCAGCUGCACCACCGGCACGUGUCGGUCGGAAACAGCGUAAACAGAAAGGUUCCGAAGCAGCAGCUCGACUCCCAACGGUUACGCCGCUAACAAAAUGUAAAUUUCGGNCGGUUACACCGUUAACAAAAUGCAAACUCCGUCUCCUAAAGCUCGAGCGAAUCAAGGAUUACUUGUUAAUGGAAGAGGAAUUUGUGGCUAAUCAGGAACGAUUGAAACCUCAGGAAGAGAAAACGGAAGAGGAUCGAUCUAAAGUUGACGAUCUACGUGGAUCUCCGAUGAGUGUAGGGAAUUUGGAGGAACUUAUUGAUGAGAAUCAUGCUAUUGUUUCGUCGUCGGUCGGACCGGAGUAUUAUGUUGGAAUCUUAUCGUUUGUUGAUAAGGAUCAGCUUGAACCUGGAUGUGCUAUUUUGAUGCAUAACAAGGUUCUAUCGGUUGUUGGGCUUCUACAAGAUGACGUUGAUCCAAUGGUGUCUGUCAUGAAGGUUGAGAAAGCUCCCUUGGAAUCAUAUGCUGACAUUGGUGGAUUAGAUGCUCAGAUUCAGGAGAUUAAAGAAGCGGUUGAGCUUCCUUUGACUCACCCUGAGUUAUAUGAAGACAUUGGUAUUAAACCUCCUAAAGGGGUCAUUCUGUAUGGAGAGCCUGGCACAGGCAAAACCUUGCUUGCUAAGGCAGUUGCAAACUCCACUUCAGCCACUUUCUUACGUGUUGUUGGAAGUGAACUGAUCCAGAAGUAUCUGGGAGAUGGGCCUAAAUUGGUCAGAGAACUCUUCAGAGUUGCUGAUGAUCUCUCGCCUUCAAUUGUCUUUAUUGAUGAAAUUGAUGCAGUCGGUACAAAAAGGUAUGAUGCACACUCAGGUGGUGAACGAGAGAUUCAGAGGACUAUGUUGGAGCUGCUGAACCAGUUAGAUGGCUUUGAUUCCAGAGGAGAUGUUAAGGUGAUUCUUGCAACAAAUAAAAUUGAGAGUCUGGAUCCUGCCCUGCUUCGGCCUGGUAGGAUAGACAGGAAAAUUGAGUUCCCUCUUCCAGAUAUUAAAACAAGGAGGCGCAUUUUCCAGAUACACACAGCAAGAAUGACUUUGGCUGAUGAUGUCAACUUGGAAGAAUUUGUUAUGACCAAGGAUGAGUUUUCGGGAGCUGAUAUCAAGGCAAUAUGUACUGAAGCUGGAUUACUCGCUUUAAGAGAGCGGCGUAUGAAGGUUACUCAUCCAGAUUUCAAGAAGGCCAAAGACAAGGUCAUGUUCAAGAAGAAAGAGGGAGUGCCAGAAGGACUUUACAUGUAAUCAUAGUGUAUCACUUCUGUUAAUCGUUGUUCACGACUUUGAUUACUCUGUUUUCAGUUAAACGCUUUAGUUCUCUUUACUUAUGUUGAUGGCUUCUGAUCUUCUGGCAAAAAACAAAAUAUUUCAUUGAGAACAUCUGGUUGGUUAUGUCAGCCCCAAUUUGCGCUUC